UUGGACUUAACAGUUGACGCUCAACUAGUGACACCUGGCGGUUUAGUUUCAUUCGAUUUUUGUGAUUUUUGUUUAAAUGCCCGGAAAGUCAUCAGAAUUUUUCAUAAAUUGAUUGAAUUUUUGUGUUAUUUAAAUUGGGAAUACUAUGGAAAAUAUUGUCGAGAAGAAUUUACUAAUUUUAAUACUCGAUGUGAGUCCAGUGCAGAGAAUCGUUAAACAAGUUAUCACACAAUGCCUAGAUUCAGCGAUUGUCUUUGCGAAUGCACAUCUCAUGAAAACACCCAACAAUCUUCUUGCCGUAAUGGCAUGUCAUGGAAAUGGAGCACAGUUCCUCUAUCCAGAUGAAAAACGAUCGGAGGUGAGACAAAUUGAUGGGCAGUAUGAGCUAUUUACAUUGGUCGAACGAACAAUACGGCAACGAUUGCAGCAAAUGAUAAACGAUAUGCCUUCGGAUGGACUUUCGAAUUUCGAGAGUUUAAUCUCUGGUGCUCUAUCCAUGUCACUUUGUUAUAUCUCGAGAUUGGAGAGAGAAAAAGUUGCCGGCGAGAAACUUAAUUCACGAGUUCUUGUAAUUACCGCCAGUCAUGAUUCAGCGGGACAAUAUAUGAAUUAUAUGAACAUCUUUUUUACGGCACAAAAAAUGGGGGUGAUAUUAGAUGUUUGCAGUUUGGAUCAUGAAUUAACUUUGCUGCAACAGGGUUGCGAUUUAACAGGUGGAAAUUAUUUGAAAAUUCCUCAAUUACCGGGUUUGCUGCAGUAUUUAUUGUGGGUGUUUCUUCCUGAUCCUGAUGUUCGGUCGAAACUUGUUCUACCACCUCCUGUCAAAGUUGACUAUCGAGCAGCUUGCUUUUGCCACCAAGAACUUGUCGAUAUUGGUUACGUUUGCUCCGUAUGUCUUUCAAUUUUCUGCAAAUUCAGUCCAAUCUGCACCACUUGUCAUACGGUGUUUAAAAUGCCUGGACCGAUCCCAAUGAAAAUGAAAAAGAAGAAGAAAAACUUGGAUAUUAUUUAAUGGCAUUAUUGUAGAUAUUUUUUUAAAAAUAAUUUAUUGCAAUAGCUUAUAAUGUAAAUACCGUUUUUUACAAGUAUAAAUACAUAUAAUUCAGUAUAUAUAUAUAUAUAUAUA